GCAGUCGAGGUAGAUUUGAUUUUCGGUGAAGUUUCGGUGCGCUGUUUGUUCUACGAUUUCGCACGGCGCGUAUAUGGAACUACGUUUUUAUUUAGAUUUAGUGAUACUUUUUGGACUUAUAAUUCUCGACGAGUCUUUGGCUCCUUGGCCGAUAACCGAGGAGGAGGACGACGUGAACGAAGUAGGGGCUCGAUAAUGGCGCCUAAUAUCGUGAGUGAUUUGCUCACGGUGAGCAAAGAGUUUCCUGAGAAUGCAGUACCCAAUACCGCAGAAGCGGAUAUCGUCGUACCGGCAAAACUCCCGACAACAACAACAACAGCUAGAGCAACAACAAAACCAAUUGAAGACACCCUCGAAUCGAACGAAGGAUUAUUGAAAUUCAAAACUACCCUUAUUUGGCCGAACGUCAUCAGCAUCACAUUGUUGCACGUGGUAUCGGCGUACAUGUUUAUCACCUUGCCCUUCUGGGUAUCGAAAGGAUCAUUUCUUUGGGCUUUACUGCUCGGACAAGCUGGCGGAUUCGGGGUUACCGGUGGUGUUCAUAGACUCUGGUGUCAUCGUUCGUACAAAGCUAAAUGGCCGCUCCGUGUAAUUUUGAUCAUAUGUUAUUCGAUCGCCGGACAGAACACCGUCUACGACUGGGUCCGAGAUCACCGAAUACAUCACAAAUAUACGGAGACCGAUGCCGAUCCGCACAACAGUAACAGAGGAUUUUUUUUCGCUCACGUUGGAUGGCUGAUGAUGAAAAAACAUCCGGAUGUCAUUAGAAGAGGUCGACAAAUCGACAUGUCCGAUGUACUCGCGGAUCCAAUUGUUUCCUUCAAUCACAAGUUCUUCGUACCGAUGAAGCUUCUCUUCUGUUUCAUAAUACCGAUUGUCGUACCGGUUUAUCUCUGGAAUGAAACUUGGUACACAACGAUAAUGGCGCAAGUAUUCGUUCGCUACGUUAUGGGUUUGAAUUUCACCUGGUUCGUGAACAGCGCCGCACACAUGUGGGGAAACAGACCCUACAACAAGAAAAUAUCGCCGUCGGAAAAUUUGGCGGUAGCGAUAGUCGCGAUGGGCGAAGGAUGGCACAACUACCAUCACGUAUUCCCUUGGGAUUACAAAGCGGCCGAAUUGGGAGAUUACGCGUUCAAUACGACUACGUUUCUGAUCGACAUGUUCGCGAAAAUCGGAUGGGCUUACGAUCUGAAAGAACCUUCGAUGAAUCUCGUUAAAAAAUACGCGGAAAGACACGGAGACGGUUCGCAUCAUCGACACGGUAGUCAUGAUCAUCAUCAUCAUCACGGAGAGUGGCAGGAAGUAGCGGCACCUGAUAGCGAAUAAUGACAUUCGCGUAUAGAUUAGAAAUUAUAGUUUAGAAAUUUUUACCCUCAAGAAUUCUUCUUCUCCUUCUUUCGUUGCUCUUUUUUUGUUUUCUUUUUUGAAAUCGCAAGCAGUUGAAGGAUUGCGAAAAUCAUUUUUCGAUAAUUGAUUAGCUUAUGCGACCAUGUAUUUAUCAUUACACAUUCGUCGCCCGGCAAGUGAAAUAUCGAUUCACCCGAUAAUAUACAUUUCAUCAUACAUAUUAUGUAAAUAUGUGUAUCCGCCGGAUUAUUGACUAUAACGAAUUAGAACAAUUUUUUUUUAUCUAUUAUACAUCUAUUCUAUUAUACGCUUAAUCAUUGUCACGAUUGUAAGUGCUACUGCUAGUCAUAACACGCAUCAUAAAAUGCAAAUGAAUUUUAUCUAAUAUUCGCGCUCUGUGUGUAAGUAAAUCAUAUACAUUAUACGCGUAUAUAUGUAAACAUAUAUGUCUUAGAAUAGUGAUUAAUGUACAUAUAUAUUUUAUUCGGAAAAUUAUUAAGUUAUGUAUAUAAAAUUGAUAAAUUAAAGAAAAAAAAUGUAUAAAGGUAAAAGUUCCCGAAAUCCACUCUCGGUUUUUGUUGAAUCAAAAACGAAGCAAUAACUAAUAAAACUGAAGAGGCUAGUGGAGGUGCUCUACCUGCAUCCAAAACGCGAGUCGUUUUUCUUCGAAAUGAUGCUUCUAGUUUGUGCGAAACAUUAAAAAUUGGCACAUUAUUUGGGCAAAAUGUGGCUAAAUAUUUUACUCCACCAAAAUUUUGAAAUUUUAAGAAAACAAAAAAGCCUCUAGAAAAAUCCAAUUUUCAAUUUUCUUCGUUUUCCCCAAAAAAUGCUUCACGUUAUUUCUAUAGAUUCGAAAAUUCACCUGCGAAGGGAUCAGAGAAUCCCGGCAGAAUCUGCAGAAUAAGAAUCCCAAAUUUUUGGAGUUCGAUGAUUGUGAGGUUUUUUGAAAGGAGAACUAUUUUUUGAUACUUCUAUCUCUCGUCUCCACGAAUUCCUCCGAACUCUUUCACUGCGAAAAUUCAGCUACAGUCAUUUGCUUCUGAAAAUCAAAGAUCUUUCGUGAAAAAAACUCGAUGUCCAGAUAAAAUUUUCUAGAGGAACCUUUUUCUCUGCAAAGGCCUAAAAAAAACGUCCAUUUCCGAUUGUUUUCAAACAUCUGUCCGAACAUGGUUCUCUCUUUUUCGCAUUAAAAAAACACAUUAGGUCACAUUUUUUUUCACUCUCGUGACGUCGGUCGUAGAAGUUUCAGGUGAAAAAUGAAUCGAUGAGAAAAAUUAUUUGGUCAAAAAGAAAGGUGGUGAAAAUGGCUCCACGUCUUUCGCGACAACGGCGACUUCCGGAAGUGGUCGUUCUGAAUGAAUCUUCAUUUCUCAGCGCACACUAACGAUAGCGUAAAUCGCAGAUACAUCUCGAAACAUGGCUGGCGCCACGUACCCAGAUUCACCUGUUUCUCUGCAAUGGAUGAAUGUAACGUGUCCGUUUCGCGUCGAAAUAA